AUGUAAGAUAAAUCUCUUCAUGAUAAUAAAUAGAUAAGAAACCCUUCUCAAUAAACUAAUUACAUUUAGAAUGAUUAUUCAAUGUCCAUCUCAACUUACUAAUCUAAAUUAGUAGUCAAAUAAUGCUAGGUAAUUAAAAAUCACAACAUAGUUAUUGUAAUUUAUUUAACGUUAAGAACAUCUUAAAAACUAAUUGUAUUAAAUUCGAAAAACAAGAUAAUUUAGUUAACAAUAAGAAAGAAAAACUUAUAUAACUAAACCUAGAGCCUUUAGUAUUCAUAACAAAGAUCAAAUAUAUAAUAAUAGUCAACCUAAUUUGAUUAAUGAUGAUAGUAAUAAUGAAACUGAUCACUGUUAGUAUUAAAAAGGAGAAUAAUAAUCAAAUAAUUUCUCAAUUUUUUGUGACAAUUCUUAAAAAAAACAAAAAUUCUUGCCUCCUAUGCAUCCAAUAAAUUAAGAUCCAUUCCUUUAGACAUUUGGAAAAUAAAUAGAUAUAGUAACCAAAAAUAGAUUUCCUAAAGAAGUAUUCUUAGGAAAUGUAAGCAAAAUGAAAAAGCAGUUUUAGUAAAACUUUUAUUUAUGA